AUGGGCCAUGGAGGGCUGAACCAGCUGGGAGGGGCUUUUGUGAAUGGCAGACCCCUUCCCGAAGUGGUGCGUCAACGCAUUGUAGACCUGGCCCACCAGGGCGUUCGGCCCUGUGAUAUCUCCCGCCAGCUUCGGGUCAGCCAUGGCUGUGUCAGCAAGAUCCUUGGCAGGUACUACGAGACUGGAAGUAUCCGGCCUGGAGUGAUAGGGGGUUCUAAGCCCAAGGUGGCCACCCCUAAGGUGGUGGAGAAGAUUGGGGACUACAAGCGACAGAAUCCCACCAUGUUCGCAUGGGAAAUCCGAGACCGGCUACUGACGGAGGGUGUCUGUGACAAUGACACGGUGCCCAGUGUCAGCUCCAUCAACAGAAUCAUCCGGACCAAAGUACAGCAACCUUAUAACCCUAUGGACAGCUGUGUGGCCACCAAGACGCUUAACCCAGGACACACACUGAUCCCCAGCUCAGCUGUGACACCGCCAGAGUCACCACAGUCAGAUUCCCUGGGUUCCACCUAUUCAAUCAACGGGCUCCUAGGGAUUGUUCAGCCGGGCAGCGACAGCAAGAGGAAGAUGGAUGACAGCGACCAGGACAGCUGCAGGCUGAGCGCUGACUCCCAGGGCAGCAGUGGUGGGCCUCGCAAGCACCUUCGCACGGACACCUUCAGCCAGAACCACCUCGAGUCACUGGAGUGUUCCUUUGAGCGGCAGCACUACACGGAGGCCUAUGCCUCCCCCAGCCAUACCAAAGGCGAGCAGGGCCUCUACCCACUGCCCUUGCUCAACAGCACCCUGGAUGACGGGAAGGCCACGCUGACUCCUUCCAACACACCCCUGGGGCGCAACCUCUCCACUCACCAGACAUACCCCAUGGUGGCAGAUCCUCAUUCACCCUUCGCCAUAAAGCAGGAAACCCCCGAAGUGUCCAGUUCUAGCUCCACCCCUUCCUCUUUAUCUAGCUCCGCCUUUUUGGAUCUGCAGCAAGUCGGCUCCGGGGUCCCAGUCGGUGCCUCGGGCCCGCCCUUCAAUGCUUUUCCCCAUGCUGCCUCCAUGUACGGGCAGCUCUCGGGUCCGGCCCUCCUCUCAGGCCGUGAGAUGGUGGGGUCCACACUGCCUGGAUACCCACCCCACAUCCCUACCAACGGACAGGGCACCUAUGCCUCUUCUGCCAUCGCAGGCAUGGUGGCAGGAAGUGACUACUCUAGCAAUGCCUACAGCCACACCCCCUACUCCUCCUACAGUGAGGCCUGGCGCUUCUCCAACUCCAGCUUGCUGAGUCCCCCAUAUUAUUACAGUUCCACAUCAAGGCCAACUGCACCGCCCACCACCGCCACGGCCUUUGACCAUCUGUAGUCGCCAUGGGGACAGUGGGAGCGACAGAGCAACAGGAGGACUCAGCUUGGGACAGGCCCCAGAGAGUCACACAAAGGAAUCUUUAUUUAUUACAUGAAAAAUAACCACAAGUCCAGCAUUGCGUCUCACU